AUGGAUGGCAGAGAUUUUGGACCUCCGCGUUCCGUCCAUGUCCCCCCUCCGCUGUUGGCCGGGUUCGCCCUGGAGCAGCACCGAGCAGCCGGCAGGAUCCCACCCUCCUCCGGCCACUUGGGCUCCAGUCAUCCGCCACCUCUUCAUUCCGGAAAAUAUUUACCAUCGCCCAUUAACCUACAUUCACAUCACACUGAUGCCUUCCCAGCGAGCUCCAGUCCCUUCAUGUCCGGUUAUGCAGGCCCCUCCCACUUGACUGAUCCGUCCUACAGAUCGGCCAAUCCCAGUAGCCUUCAGAUGGCCCAGCUGUGGGCGUCGCACGCGCAUGAAGGCUACCCCCCUCUCCCCAGCAGCCUGUACUCCAGCCCAUACCUGUCCCUGGGGCACCUAGACGCCGCACCGCUCUCUCAUCAACACCCACUCUACGACUCUCAUAAAGAGGGAUAUUACCUGCCAUCGUCACUCGGUAGUCUCCACCAUCAUCCACCACCUUCCGCUCUCCCGUCCAGCUCCACCCCGCCACAGAGAACCUCCCGGGACAAGCCCCACAGAGCGGAGAGGGAGAGGGACCGAUCCAGAGACGAUCUGCGGCCUCAAAGUGUGGUGGAUUUGACUCAGGACAGCAGGGGGGAAGAAGAACGGAGGAGGAGCAGCGAUCGGGAUGCAGACAGAGACUCGUGGGUGGUCCACUCUCAUCACAGCCAUCCAAAGUCUUCAGGAGAGAGCCGACCAAGACCAUCACCUCCACGUCCUCAUGGCUCUUUACAUAGACUGCAUGGAACAGAAACGGACAACUAUCACUCUAACAUCUCCAGCUCUGAAAGACAACGGAGGAGUGAGUCUGUUGCGAGCUCAGCUGGGCCUCUCCACAUGUCCUACGGCCUCCCUCCUCCUUUAUCGACAUCCAGAGAGUCUCUGAAAGAGCAGCGGGUGACUGCGCCGACGUAUGUGCCUUCUGUGGAGGUUUACGACGAACGGGCAGGUCCUAUCCAGAUCGCCUCUCAAGCCCGGGACAAUAAACACAGUGACAAACACAGAGAACAGGACAGGGGAGGAGAGAGGGGCCUGUCUGAGCACCUUCGCCUUUCCCAGUCCAGCGACAGCAAUCAUAGGGAGGAGGGCUCUGUCAUCUGUUCUAAUGGGCUCAAAAAAGGACAGGACACCUCAAGUCAAUCAAGGUUCAGCCCUGAAGCCAGAGACAUUCCCAAACACUCGCCUCGUCUUUCCUCAGAGCGAGCAAACCUAGAUUCAAAAUGGAAAACAAUCAGCCCGUUGGCGAACUAUGCUACCAGUCACAUGGCUGCUCUCGCAGCCCAGCACGGACAUGCACUUUCAUCUCCCCACAGCCCAGCCUCCCAACUGCACCACUCUCCUCACGCAGCACACAGGCCUCGGGUCAACUCUAGUCACAGCCACUCCCCCCACACGCCAAGCGAGGAGAGCACUCCGAGGCGAUACCUGGACCCCUCCACGCUUUACAGGCCUGGGGCAACGCUGGUGGGGGGGGCUGGCAGUGGAGAGCGAGGAGGGGAUGCUUCUGAGGUCUCAGCCAUGCAGAGCCUCAUUAAAUACAGUGGCAAUUUCAGUGCGGAAGGAGGGGGCUCCUCCAGGCUGUCGGCAGAUGGCAGAGGUCCCUUCGGGGGUCUGGGGAGUUUAGCUACACAGGAACGCGAACGGGAAAAGGAGAGGGAACGUGAGCGGGACAGGGUGACAGGAGGCUCCACCAGCAACGGGGCACUACGGGUACCUCCACAGCUCAAACGGGAGCAGGAGCGGCCGGACAGCGCUCGCUCAUUUGGCCGAGAGGGAGAGGGUGAGGUGCGCCACCCUCCCGUGGGCAUCGCCGUGGCGGUGGCCCGACAGAGAGACAGCAGCAGCAGUAAACAGAGCAGUGGGACUGAGCCGAGAGCACACCCACCAAGCGUCAAAGAUGAGGAGCGAGGUGAGGAGCACACGCGACAUCAUGACGACAGGCUGCUGGGAGGCCGGUUGGAACGAGAGCAGGAGAAAGUCCUCCGAGAGUCCAAAGAGCUGGCAGAGUUCACUCAGAUGCACCCCAGCUCUCUUCCCAGUGGGCUCACCCCCAGUAUGAUGACCCCCUCUCUCAUGAACCCGAACCUCAUGGUGACUGGAGGAGCGGGACGCUGGCCGCCUGACCCUUCAUCGCUGACGUCUCACCCCUGGAUGCCUCGCACCGGGGCUCCUCCAGUUUGGCUGUCAGGCUCUCCUUACGGCCUUGGACCUUCUUCUCUUCAUCAGACCCUGCCACCAGCCUACCCCCCCUCUCUCGCUGGCUCUAUACCUUCGCCAUACCAGUUUGCCCGGGAUCCCCAAUCAGGACAGCUGCUUGUCAUUCCAACUGAACACCUGCCACACUAUGCAGGAGGUGACAUCCUGGAGCGGGGAGCCCCUGUGUGGUCGAGUGUGUACGGUACAGGCAGCUCCCUGCAGCACGCGGCUCAGCUCCAGCUCCUCUCACAGCAGCAGAUGCUGCGCCAACAGGAGCUGCUCAUGAUCCAGCAGCACACGGCACAAGUGCUGGAGCUGCAGAGGAGCGCUCAGCUUGUCGAGCGGUUAAAAGCUGGUGAGCACCGUCCAGAGGUGGAAGACAAACCAGACAAGCGGAACAGUGACCCCAAACCGCCGCCGCCUCUGUCCCGCCUGUCGCCCACCACCCACCCCCGCAAAUCUGCCCCGCCACCCCGCUCCCCCGCCACGCCCACCUCCGUGACUGUGCUCAAGACCGAGGAGGUGUGCUCCAGAGCGCUGUCCCAGCCGCCAACGCCUCACCCUGCCUCCCCCCACUCUGCAGCCACACCCGCCUCCUCCCCACCGCCACUCAAACGCGAACCCCAGGAGGAUGUCGAGAGAGGGAGACGAGAAGGGGAGGUCCAGAAGUCUGCGUCUUACCCGGGCGUCUGCACUGGUUAUCCAUAUCAGUCCAUCAAUGCUCCAUUUGGAUCUCCGUACCCCUCCUACCACGUCCCAACCCCCACUGGUCCAAGCGCAGAAGAUGUGCCCCUUCACAGAGCCCUGUCUCCAGCCAAAGCAAGUCCUCUGCCCACAUCCCACCUGCACUCCAGAAUACUGGAUUCUGAUAACCAGCUGCCCAAACUGGAGUCCUCAAAAAGCACCUCUUUCUCCACUCAAGAGCCCAGUGCAGAACAACGGUAUGUGACGACAGAGCCACUGGCACUCCUCAGACACACCUGCAGUUCAGGUUUAACCUUGACCGAAAGAGAUGAGACAAAGCCACAACCAGUGACUUUGAAAAGCUCCAGUUCUCCUCCACUCGAACAGGACAACCCUGACAAAAUCGCAGAGGAAGAGAAAAUUAAAAUGGAGGCGUUGCCUUACUCGUAUCUUGCAUAUCCAGAAGCUCCUGCCCUCACAGACUCGGAACCCAAAGCAGAAGUAAUCAAAGUCCCGCUGCGGUUUUCCUCGUGUUUAGCUGCAGAUGCUGAAGGACCCGAAACGUCUCACAGGCCCCAGACCUCAGUGUGUGAAUCUGAGCCACAGGAAUUGCCAAUAAACUUGCACGUUCCCAUUGACACCGGCAAAGUAGACAUUGUGCCUGUCGCUGCCUCCCCCCUGCCUUUCAUCAUCGCACCAGAAGACCCAAUGUCGGGGAUGCUCGCCCUGUUGGCAGCCAGUGAGAUGGCCCGGCCCAGCACGCCACUAGCUCCACCUCUCACACCAAAGAUGGAGAACUCUCUUACAAUCGGUGAAUGCGACUUGACUGGGACUUUGGAGAUGGUUGCUUUGGAGGGAAUGGCCCUGCUGAGCCAGAUGGCACAGCAAGAAAUGGAAAACAUCAGCUGCAUGGAGCAGGAUGGGACCUUGGAGAGUCUGGAUUGUUUACUGGAAGCAAGUCGACAAAUACUGUUGGAAGCCAUUGAGAAACAGUCUCACAUUCAGCUACCCCGAGAGUUGGACCCAAACAAGAACUACAGCUGGAGGCAGAGGAAGGAGGAGCCGCUGUUUGAAAAAAUGUCAGUGGACGUCCUAGAUGCGUUUGAAGUGGAGUAUCGGGUUCGUCUAGCAGAAAUACAAAAGACCUACAAGGAUAAACAGCGGGAGUUCAGCAAGCUGCAGCGGCGCACCGACAAGCAUGAGCGCCUGCACGAUGACGACAGGCGGAGUCUGAGCCGCAGGGGCAGAGGAAGACCCAGGAAGAGAAAGAUCGUAGCUACGCCCCACAAACUGGACAGCAGGCCUGCCAAGGUUGGGAGAACUGUGCAAUACUCGGAGGACUCUGAGGCCGGGGAGGGACAGAGGAAAAGGCUUCGGUUGUCCAAAGAGGACGUGGGGGCAGAGCCGGGGCAUGGGGGAGUCAAGAUCAAGAAGAAGAAGAAGAAAAAGAGCUGGAAAGAUCAGGCCUCGUCUGGUUUGGAGGUCCUAAAGACAAAGCCCAGUCAUUUGUGUGAACAGGAGCAAUUGGCGUCUGAUCUCAACAGGGCUCUUUCCUUCUCACAGCUCGGCUCACUGAAUUCAUCACACAAACUCGUCUCCAGUAAAGUGUCAAAAGGAAAGUCCACUGAAAAUCCUCUAAAGGAGCGCCGCAUCCAUGCCUCAGUCACAGGGACAAAACAGAUGAUGAGUGGCAAGAAGUAUUCUGCAAAGAAGGUGAAGAACCAGAAGAAGAGACCUGUGUUCUCCCCAUUGAGAUCGGAGCUCAGCAGCUGCUCAAACAACUCUGAUUCCGAGGAGCAUGUUUCGUCCCGAGGGGGCUGGCCCCCAAUGACAAACUCCUGUGACGACGGGACUAGGAAGAGGAAGCCCGCCACACCCCCACCUUCACUGCUGUCCAGUAAGAAGUCUGAGAAGAAGAAACACAAGCACUUAUCCCUGCUGCUGGAGGAGGCGGGCCUCAGCUCCUCUGACGACUCAUUUGACCAAGAAAGUUCUGAGGAUGAUUCGUACUCUGAUGGUGUCUGUGAUGAGACCGGACUGGGACUUUUAGCCAGGUUCGCUGCCAGUGCUCUCCCCGUCACAUCUCCUGCUCUGGGCCUUCUUCACCAUGGCAAACAGCGCAACCGACAAGCUACUCUGGGCUCCUCUGAGUGUGAGUGGUCAGACUCUGAGCUGCGGAUGAGAAAGUUUCCCUCUCUGCUUCAUGGCAAACGCUCUGCUCCAGAGCUCCCCUUGUUGCCUCCUGCUACUCACCGCAUCAACCGCUUCCCGAGUCCCACAAAGAGAGAUGAGUCCAUCAAACACAAGGCUCUGUCCAAGCCCAGGUCUCCACGGAGGUUCAGCUUUGAACAGGCCAGUGGUUCUGGCUUCGGAGGCUUCAGUGAAGAUGAGAACUGGAACCGCCGCCGAAGUGAGAGGAUAUUCCUCAACGAUGCCACAACUUCAACCAAUCACGUGCCUGCAUCAUCCUCCAUGUCGACCAAUCCAACCACUUCUGCGGUUUCUAGCGCCUCCCCCACUCUUUUGCUGAAGCCGGCCUGCAGACCAAAACCGGCACCAAACCGAGAGGGAAAAGAGCCAGUGAAACAAAAGAAGAAGCUGAAAGAGUCUCCUCUCCCUUUGAGUCCGUCUACACUAACUUCUCCAGUCGCAGACAUUCCUGUGCCGCUGAGCCUCAGUCCAGUGCGAAAAAGCCAGCCCAAAGCAAAGCCCAAGGCCAGAGAACCGUCCCGAGGUGCCGUCAGCCGCCUAAUGGAGAGCAUGGCUGCAGACGAGGACUUUGAACCAAACCAGGACAGUAGCUUCAGCGAAGACGAGCUGCUCCCAUCAUGUGACAGCAGCACAGCAGAGACAUCCCCUCCACCUGCUCCUGUUCAGUGUGUGCUCGACAAAGACUCUCUGGUCGAUGGACUCCGGGUCCUGAUCCCGAUGGACGACCAGCUGCUGUACGCUGGACACGUCAACACGGUGCACUCCCCCGACAUCUAUAGCGUGGUGGUGGAGGGCGAGCGAGGGAACCGUCCGCACAUCUACUGUUUGGAACAACUGCUGCAGGAGGCUAUCAUUGACGUGAAGCCUGUGCGCUACCUUCCAGAGGGCACUCGCAUCGCUGCGUACUGGAGCCAGCAGUACCGCUGCCUCUACCCGGGCACCGUGGUCAACGGAAAUUCAGACAUUGAUGAAGACGACAAUCUCAUCACUGUGGAGUUUGAUGACGGAGACACAGGUCGUAUCCCUCUGUCCCACAUCAGGCUGCUGCCCCCCGACUACAAGAUCCACUGCGCUGAGCCGUCCCCUGCUCUGCUUGUGGCCAGUUGCUCCCGGAGGAGAGUCCGCAAAUGCAGCAAAGAGGCAGCACCUAAAGCAGACGACAGCGCUCCAAAGAUUAAAGGGAAGCCUGGUCGCAAACCCAAGUCCAAACCAGAGACCGUCCUCUGCCAGGAGAGUCGUGAGAAGACCGAUGCUUCUCCUCUGCGACGCCCAUCUGACGGGCCUCCUGCCAAACUGACACAAGACAGGACGCCCUCCACCCCAAAAGUACCUCCAGACAAACCACGGCCUGCAUCCCGCCCCAGCAUGGACGUCCAACCUAAGCCCAAAAGCAAGAGCUCCUCUUCCACACCCACCUCCAGCCCCACACUCGCCAGCCCUGUGCCCAGAAAGGAAACCCCCAAACCCACUCGCGCUCUCCCCUCAUCGCUCUACCCUUCCACCUACGGCAAAGUGCUCACCGUGGACCUGUACUCCGAACCCAAUCUGUCAAUGUACAACAACCAAAGGAGAGACAAAGGCAGCGCUCUGACUCCAGCUUCACAUCGGCCCAUUCCCAAACAGACCGCAUCCAAGCCCACUAUCGCUUCUAAUCACAAACCUUUGUCCACUUCCAAAACUAAACCCUCCAAAGAAAACCACAGCAGACCCAGCCAUAGCUCUGCGCUCGUGUCCAGCUCCAUCAAGAGACUCCCCACAACCAAACCCACAUCCAUAAAUAGGCCGUUGUCCCUCUCCUCAUCGCCUCGCCCCAAACUGAAGGUUCCCUCCGACCAACUCGCUUCUAGAACCAACUCUUUGCCCAGACCCAAUUCCAGCUCGACCCAGAAUACGCCGAGACGCAAGCCAUCCGCAGAGCCUCUGGUCAAACUGGACCACGAAGGAGUGACGUCGCCCAAAACCAAGAAGACCAAACUCAUGCUGCUGGAAGGGCGAGGUGUGAGGCGGGACCACACCCCACUCCCCACCGCCAGUCCAAAGCCACCGAAGCCAAAAGUGAGAGACAGCGAUCCAAUUGAAAAAGACGUAUACAAAGCACCGGUCCUCGCUAAGGAAAAAGCAGACGUUAUUGCUAAGGGUCCGACAGCGGAGAAGAGGGAGGAGAAGGUGAAAAGGGAGGAGGUAAAGCAGGAAUCUCCGAGCAGCAGUAGCUCGGACUCUGAGGAAGAAGGCGGCGAGGACAAACUGAAGAAGAAGAGAAAGAAGUGCACGUCAAGCUGCUCUUCCUCGUCGUCGUCCUGCUGCGGCUCCUCCUCCUCGUCCUCUUCGUCCUCGUCUUCAUCGUCCUCGUCCUCCACUGAUGACUCCUCCUGCAGCUCGGAUGAAGAGAGGAACCCCAGCCCCCCGCCUGGCCCUGUGAGCCCACCGCCCGCACAGGACAAGGCCAAAGAGGAAGCCAAAGAAGAGCCCAAGGUGGAGGUGAAAAAAGAAAAGGACGUGAAAGAAGAGUUCAUUCCUACGGAGUCUGCCUCCGACUCUCCGACAACCACAGACCCCGCCCCGGCUAAAACAAACAAGCCCACCACAGGGAAGGGCUCUGGACAAAGGGGGCGGCCCCCAAAGCAGAAAGCAAGCGGAGCAGAGGUCAAGGCUGGCCGACCCAAGCGCAGAGACCACCUCCCCACCACCAAGGAGCUGGCCAAGCGGCAGAGACUCCCCAGUGUGGAGAACAGGCCUAAGAUCUCCGCCUUCCUCCCUGCCAGACAGCUCUGGAAAUGGUUUGGGAAACCCACUCAGAGGCGCGGCAUGAAGGGCAAAGCCAAGAAGCUCUUCUACAAGGCCAUUGUCCGCGGGCGGGAGAUGAUCCGCAUUGGGGACUGUGCUGUGUUCCUGUCGGCCGGGCGUCCCAACCUGCCGUUCAUCGGCCGCAUCCAGAGCAUGUGGGAGUCCUGGGGCAGCAACAUGGUGGUCCGCGUCAACUGGUUCUACCAUCCUGAAGAGACCAACCCUGGGAAGAAGCUCAUUGACAAAAAGAACUGGGACCAGAUGUGCGGCCAGUCCAUCCCCGCUGCUCUGCACUCCACUAUUCAGAGGAGAGACUUUGUGGAGCGCGCCCUGUAUCAGUCGUCCCACAGCGAUGAGAACGACGUGCAGACGGUGAGCCACAAGUGUCUGGUGGUGAGUGUGCAGGAGUACGAGCAGAUGACCCACACACGGCGCUACGCAGACAGUGAGGACCUGUACUACUUGGCCGGCACCUACGAACCCACCACUGGCAUGAUCUUCAACACGGAUGGAGUCCCGGUCAUCUGCUGA